GUGGUGGCCAGACGGGCUCGAGGAGAGGUGGUGGUGGGCACCAUGGCUGCGGGUGCAGUGGCCACCUACCCUGAUACCCCAGCGGGGUUCCCUCUGCACCUCCAGGCGGGCGCGAUGCGGCGCCGCUUUUGGGGCGUGUUCAACUGCUUGUGUGCUGGCGCGUUCGGGGCCCUGGCCGCCGCCUCCGCCAAGCUGGCCUUCAGCAGCGAGGUGCAUGUGGGCUUCUGCGCCUUGGGCAUCGCUCUGAUGGCUGCCACCAACUCGCUGAUGUGGACGUUCUUCAGCCGGGGCCUCAGUUUCUCCAUGUCUUCAGCUGUUGCAUCUGUCACAGUGACCUUUUCAAACAUCCUCAGCUCAGCCUGCCUGGGUUUCCUGCUGUACGGCGAGUGCCAGGAGGUCCUGUGGUGGGGAGGCGUGUUCCUCAUCCUGUGCGGGCUCAUCCUGAUCCACAGGAGCCUGCCGCUGACCCAGGAGGCCCUUUCUCACAAGCAGCAGUAGCGUCGGUGGCUGCGUGGAUCCGCUGGAGAGACAGUGGUGGUGGCUCAGGUGGGGGCUGGAGUGUGGGGCCCCCUCCCAGGUGGUCUGGGGUGCAGCCUUCCCACCGUCAAGCAAAGGGAGAUGCUGCCUAGGGCAGCAGGCUCUGCCCAGUGGCCUUGGGGGUGGACAGCCCUGGCUUCUGAGGGGAACCUCGCACAGCAGGACGCUGCCUGGCGCGACUUGGUGCCUCUGCACGUGCUUCGGUGCUCGCCCUCCCGGGCCACCCAGGGGCCUCGGCAGAUGCUGGGACCCUGGGCUGGUCUGCUGUGUGGACAGACUGGAACCAUGCUGUCAUCGCAGCGCUGUGGCCCGACAAAGGCCAGGCCCGUUUCACUGGAGUCAGUGACUGGCGGGGCUUUUCUGACAACUUUGUGCCGUUGUGAUGGGCUUUCUGGGUCAUGCUUCUGAGUUUUGGCAGGAGAAGUGAGACUUCUGCCCUUUUGUAAGUGAAAACCACCAGGUCCAGGAUCCUAAUUCUUUCCUACGUUUAUUUUCCUUUUCUGUUUUUUGGAGUUGCAGUUCCUGGAGUGCAGUUGUCAGGCCCCCACCUGCUGGGCCUGCCAGGUGCACGGUCCCUUGUGAUGUCGGCCAGGCAGGCGCUCCUCAAAUCCAGGAGGGUCCGUGCCUGCUCUCGGUACUCACGGAGGGAAGCUGGACCUCGCUUUGGGGACCUGGUUUUAUUUUCCUUCUUAGGAAAGGAAAUUGGCGCAGAGGUGGCUCCACCCCACACUUCACCCAUAGGCCCCUCUGUCCCUGGAUGACCUUUCCCAGAUCCUUGGGAGAUUCGUGUCUCGUACCAUGUGAUUGUAGUCCUAGUUCAGAGUCAAUGCUGCCCACGAACUGUCCCCAUGCAUGGCCCCAAGUGUGGUGCUCACCUGCUCCGGUUCCGCCGGGGCUCCCCUGGGUGUCCGAGAGCCUUCUCGGCCCACCCAAACCUGACUGCUGGCCCCAGGUCUUCAAACAUUCCCUGUAGUUGGAAGGGACUUAGGCCAGGAGGCUGGAGGGGAGAGGGGUCACGUCCAGGCCCGUCCCUCCUCUCUGUGCACGUAGCGUCUUCAUUUCCCUCCACUUCUCACUCACUGCAUAGGGAUAGGUGGGCUUUCUGGAACUUCCAUGGCUCCUGCGGAUUGGGAUCUGGCCCCACCCCACCUCUCCCCAACUUCUCUUGCUGCCUUCUUAAUACCCCCAGGAUCAAGCCCCGGGCACCCCAGUGUUUAGAAGUCAGGGAGACGUGGAGGACUAGCUGGAUGAGCAAGCAGACGGUGGAGGGGUGGGACAACCAGGCAAGUGUGCUGUCCUGGGAGCACCUGAAAAGGCUGCGGUCCUCCAGGCUAAUGCUGAGGGUCAUAUAACGGGGAGAUGGGGAAAUGGCCACCGGUUCAGGACAGAGAAGACUGACGAGAGCAGCAUUGAGGGGUGGGAGGAAUAGUGGGCCAACAUCCUUUCCUGAUCAGAACAUUCAACAACUAGGAUUGGAAGGAAACUUUCUCAGUGUGACAAGCUCACAGCAAACACCCCACACAGCGGUGAAACGUGGAGAGCUGCCCCCCAGGGUCAGGAAUGAAUGGGACAGCGGCUUCCACCAGCACCCCACGUGUCACCGGCAGCUGUAGCCGGAGUUCUGGUGCUAGGACUUCCCAGGCCACGAGGAGAAGGGCAGGCCACUAGAAAGAAGAGGAAAGGUUCCCACGGUUCAAAGGUGAUGUGAUCUUCAUGUAGAAAACUCUAGACUCCAGGAGGAGCCUGUCCCCUUUCUCAGAAGCCUCAGGCUGGCCCAGGGGAGGGAGACUCCACAUUCGACAGCUGCCGCGGGCCUGGGAAGCCCUUCCUGCUCCACCCUCCAGACUUGCUCAGAUGACUGAAAUGCCCUUCAUUAAACGCCACUGCUUCAAGAG